AUGGGCUACGGCCAGUCCAAGUUAUUAGGAGCCAGGACAUAUUCUCUCAGAAUUAGUCAAGUCUCGGGACUUUCAAAGAAAGGACUGUGGAAUGAAUCCGAGGUAAUCUCUUUAAUGAUACGAUCGGCACUGACCCUGAGAGCCCUGCCUAAACUAUGUCAGGAGUGCUCGUGGCUCCCGGUGGACAAGUUGGCUUUAGUAGUGCUCGAGUUAGCUGAAUCAUGCUCUGCGCCUGACCGCGAUGUUAGACUAAAUCGCGUGUCCGACCCCUCUGGAGUGGCCUAUAUUAACAACUCGAUCUAUCACGUGUAUAACUCGCGCGGUUUUCCUUGGUCUGAGCUACUGGCGGCCCUUAGACGAAACGGAUUUCAGUUUCAGAUAUUGCUCCGCGAAAGCGAGGCACGGAGUGAAGAGAAUAUUAACCCGGCAGUCAAUCUGAUCCAUCACUAUGAAAUGAUACAUGGUGCCGAGUCUCCCAUAAGGCAGAACGGGACGAGGGUGUUCAUGACGGACAAGGCUGAAAGAGAAAGCGUGACUCUACGCAAUGGUCGCUUGAGUAUUGUCGAAGACGGAAUCUUGGACUGCUAUGCCCGGAAUUGGUUUAUGAGGUGGAUGACCUUUUUAAGUAGA